GCCAGCUAUAGUUAUGACAGUGUUGAUUUGUAGCCGGCACCUUUGACACUCCACUGCUUGUGCAGGUACGGCUGCACCGCCUUAAUUGCACCGUACCGAAGACAUGCCAUUCUAAACUUACUCAGCUUUGGCUGCGCUCACUAUACUCUAUUACCUCACCUUCGACAGUUACAACGAAAAUACUGGCAAUCCAGCCAGCUAUAGUUAUGACAGUGUCGAUUUGUAGUGGACACUUUUGACACUCCACUUGUGCAGGUUCGGCUGCACCUUGAUUACACCAUACUGAAGACAUGGCAUUCUAAACUUGCUCAGCUUCGGUUGCACGCUCUAUUACCUCACCUUCGGCAGUUACUGUGAGUAGACGAAAAUACUGGCAAUCCAGCCAGCUAUAGUUAUGGCAGCGUCCAUUUGUAGGGGACACGUUUGAGGACUGAAGUGUCCACCCGUGGUGGCAGCAACUCAAAGCGUGUGAUUGAAUCAUUCUACACCUCGAAACUGAUUUGUUCGUUUUACAUCUAAUUCCUUUUGUAGAAUGAGUCAGCACCGGAAGGGCUGUUCAACUCCCGUCACAAAGACACCUCCGCCACGGUGAUUCAUCAAUUUUUAUUGCAGCCUGAUGGCUUUUGGGUUGAAGGCCAGACAGGCCGAGUACGUAUUUCAGUAGAAACAACGGCGGAGAUCUACGAUACCCCACCGUCAAGAAAACGGCGACUUCAAUUGCCGGCAUCUGGCGAAGGCAACAACGACGAAGAACCCAUCACCCCAUCACUUCUUCAAGAUUGACGCACCGUCUGGUCUCACAAUUUCAAUAGCUGAUCAUCAACAAGACUGAUUCAAUUUGCCCUUUCUUCUCGUCAAUACAGACCAUCUUCAAGCCGCUAUCUCUUGCUACCAUGAGUUCCUUUAACCGAAUCGCCAUUGUCUGCCUUUGCUUGGUCCAGUUUAGUUGUUUGUUGACCAAUGCAUUUGUGCUUCCAGGUGUAAGCCGUCCAUCACGAGUAGCCGCACAUCCACUCCGUGAAUCUUUUAGUAGCACAGAACUGGGGGGUUCCAGCAGACGUCGAGAAGUGUUUGGGAAGCUUCGAAAGGCGGUCUUUGCUGGGGGUAUCCUUAGCACCUUCCGAAAACCGGCCUUUGCUGACGAAGGUACCCCUGCGCCCGCCUCUGGGCGUGUUGUCGAGUUUCAAAUUGGGAAUGUAGGGGGAGAUGAGGGUGCCACUGGAACUGUCAAGAUCCAGCUGCGGCCGGACUGGGCACCUCGUGGGGUAGCUCGGUUUGAGCAACUGACAGAGCAAAACUUCUGGGACUCCUGCCGUAUCUUUAGGGUCUUGCCUGGUUUUGUGUCUCAGUUUGGAAUCAACGGGAAUCCCGACAUUCAAUCCAAGUGGCGAUCUGCCUCCAUUCCUGAUGAUCCCGUGAAAGUGAGCAACAAGAGAGGCACUGUGGUGUUUGCUACUGCAGGCCCCAAUACAAGGACAAGUCAGAUCUUCAUUAAUAUCAACAAGAAUGGCAACGACUUUUUGGACAAGCAAGGAUUCGCGCCAAUUGGAGAAGUCAUUGAAGGGAUGGAUAUUGUUGACCAGUUCUAUUCCGGAUACGGAGAAGGAGCUCCUGCUGGCAAGGGCCCUAAUCAGGGAUUGAUCCAGAAGCAAGGCAACUCUUAUCUAGAGCGAUCCUUCCCCAAGCUGUCCUACAUCAGCAAGGCAUCUAUCAAAUAAAUAGGCAAUGGUGUUGCUGUGCCUCAGCUAGCAACCGUUGUCGGAAUGACGUUGGUCGCAAAGUGCUACGUACAUGGUAAUUGUAUACUAUUAGAACAACAUAUUACUUCCUAGACGACUACCGGUAUUGGUUUCACCGCAGGU